GAAUUUUAUAUCGUAUUAACUAGUCAUGGCCCCACCGGCUGCACGGCUGCGAUAUAACGCAAAUAAAUCCGAUAAUGGAGUUGUUCUUACAAAAAAGCCACCUAAAAAACUUCACAACAACCAGAGAAAAGAAACUAAAAAAAGUGCCAAUGGGUUUAAAAUAGGAACUCCUGUGAUUGCAGAUGCAAAGACUUCUAUGAUACCGAGCGUUGAAACAGCUUUUAAGACGUUAAUUAGCGCAAGAUUAUGCAGUGCUAUUUGGGCAUAUAUAGCUGAUUGCGAUGAGACGUUUAAUUAUUGGGAACCACUACAUUACAUCAUUAAGGGACAUGGAUUGCAAACAUGGGAAUAUAGUCCUGAGUUUGCUUUACGUUCUUAUACGUAUCUACUAGUACAAGGAGUACCAGGCUGGAUAUAUCACAAAUUAUUUAAUCCAAGUCCCAUACUUAUCUUUUAUAUGAUACGAUGUAUGUUAGGAUUUGGGUGCGCUGUUAUGGAACGUUUCAUGUACAAGUCUAUUUGUCAAGAAUUCGGUAUACAUAUAGGACGAUUAUGGCUGAUAUUUCAACUUUUUAGUGUGGGCAUGUUUGUAUCUAGCACCGCAUUGCUCCCAUCUUCCUUCUCAAUGUACUUUGGUUGUGCAGCUCUUGCCGCUUGGUGGCAACUGAACUAUAGCCUUGCAAUAUUUUUCAUUGCCAUUUCUACACUUCUUGGUUGGCCUUUUGGAGGUUUGAUAGGACUACCUAUAGCUGCGGAUAUACUUUGGAGGAAACAAUUGUGGAAAACAUUUUUAACAUGGACGGUCAUUAGUGCAAUUACCAUCGGUAUACCGAUGGUUAUUAUUGACAGCACCUAUUACAGGAAAUUAGUUAUAGCUCCUAUAAAUCUUGUGAUUUAUAACGUUUUCACCAGCCAUGGACCGAACAUUUUUGGCACUGAACCAUUAAAAUAUUAUUUAAUUAACGGAUUUUUGAACUUUAACAUCGUCUGGCUUUUUUGCCUUGUUACUCCGAUAGCACUGGUAAUUGAUCACUUUGUGGUGCCAGCAAAGCACAAAUCAACACUUAAUUUCCCACGAUAUUUGUCAUUGGCACCACUUUAUCUAUGGCUCUUGGUGUUUUUUCCACAACCCCACAAAGAAGAACGUUUCCUUUUUCCAAUUUAUCCCAUGAUCACAUUAUGCGGCGCAAUUACUGUGGAUGUGUUUCAACGUCUUUUUUAUCGGAUAAAAUAUUUAAUAUUAAACAGUAAAAUAGCGGUGGGUUCCCAUUAUUUGGAUCACACUAUGUUUAUAGCUAUUUCUGUAAUGCUUUUAAGUACGAUAUUGGGUUUGUCGAGAGUUUUUUCUUUAUAUAGAAACUAUCAUGCACCGAUGGACAUCUUUAUGGAAUUAAAUCAGUUUGCGACUUCACAGGAAUAUCGAAGUGAUAAAAUAUAUAAUGUUUGCAUUGGAAAAGACUGGCAUCGUUAUCCCGGAAGUUUCUUUCUGCCACCGAAUAAUUUCCGUUUACGCUUUUUAAAAUCAGAGUUUCGAGGCAUGCUACCAUUUUACUAUGCUGAUGGUGAAAAUGCUACACAUGUAUUACAUCCAUAUUUUAAUGACAAGAAUAAGGAAGACGAAAGAUCUUAUUUUAAUUACAAUAAUUGCGACUUUCUAGUCUAUUUUGAUGAAGGAAAAUAUACAGACCUGGAACCUAAUUACUCUAAACUUUUCAAAGAGUGGACGACAUACAAAACUCUACCUUUUCUUAUACAAGAAAGUUCUCAUAAACUCUUCAGAGCAUUUUAUAUACCAUUCCUUACAGAUAGCUAUACGACUUAUGGCGAUUUUAAUUUAUUAAAGCGUAAAAGACUAACGUAAUUAAUUGUUUACUUAUUUUCACAUCUAUAAAAAUUUACAUAAGUUAAUAAAGUCUAUAACAUAUAUACAUACA